UCAGUGACUGCUGAGAGCUGCGAACAGUCUCUCCGCGAGCGGGAGGCGAGCAGGAGUUCUUUUUUUUUCCAGAGGUGAUACAAGGAACAGCGACACGCGCUCUCAUCUGGUUUUGAGGGAUAACGACAACAAAAAAGAGAGAGAGAGAGAGAGAAACAUAAGGAGGGACGAAAAUAUAGUCCGAGUCUCUACGUCAAAACCACAGGGACGCUGCGUUAUCGGAGAGCAACGGGAGGCUGACGCGAGACAAGUAGGCUACAAAGGAGAGAGUCGAGCCGCGCCGAGUCCCAAGUUACCGCUGCGCUCCGCUCCGGAGGCUGCGCCGAUGGCAUCCGUACUUGGGAACAGCAGCAGCCGCGCGUCGGGGGCUCAGAGCGGACAGGUGAAAUGCAAGCUGAAGAGGAGGCGGAGGAGGCGAUCCAAGAGAAAAGAGAAAGUCAGUAUGCUGUCAGCAUUGAUCGCCCCCUUCAAGUACAUAAGCCCUGGGACCAGCAGCACAGAGGACGAGGACAGUUUAAGCACCAGCAGUGCAGAGGUAAAGGAAAACCGAAACAUUGGUAACUUAGAGGAUCGCUCCAUUGGAUCUGCGGAGUGCCAGUCGCUCUUCUGCUCAGACUCUGCAAGAAGUGGCAGCCCCGGCCUGAAGAGGAAGCGGCCACUGGAGGAGGACAACAACGGGCACUUGUGUGAACUCCGCCUGAUCUAUAAGAAACUGUCCUGGUCCGAAGCUCCAAAGAACGCCUUGGUGCAACUCAACGAGCUGCGGCCGGGCCUGCAGUACCGCGUGGUGUCUCAGACGGGCCCGGUCCAUGCGCCCGUCUUCUCCAUCGCCGUGGAGGUGAACGGGCUGACUUUCGAAGGCACGGGCCCCACAAAGAAGAAAGCUAAGAUGAAGGCCGCCGAGCUGGCCCUCAAGUCCUUCGUCCAGUUUGCCAACGCUCCUCAGGCCCACCUGGCCAUGGGAAACAUCUCAAACCCUUCGGCCGACUUCACCUCAGAUCAGGCGGACUUCCCUGACACGCUCUUCAAGGAGUUUGAAUCUUCGCCAUGCUCCGAUGGCCUCUCGCUCUGCGACUCAGCAGCGGAGAGCGAGCUGCUGUCGAGCGAGCUGCUGAGACAUGGACGGUUGCUCCGCCAUACCUUGGACCUGAUGGUGCAAGCCCAACAAAGGCUAGGUGGGAUUGUCCCAGAUCCGGAGGCCCCCAAGAGUCCCGUGGCGUUGCUCAAUGAGCUCCGGCCGGGCCUGCGCUACGCCUGCCUUUCGGAGCGAGCUGAGGGCCGGAGGCUGCGCAGCUUCGUGAUGGCAGUGCGUGUCGACGGGCGGAUAUUUGAGGGCUGCGCUCGCAGCAAGAAGCUGGCCAAGACCCAGGCGGCCCAGUGCGCUCUUCAGGCCCUCUUCAACAUCAGGACGGCCCCCGAGGGGAGGACAGGCCUCAAAGCCAGCAGGAAGAGCUGCCCUCAUUUACCCCAGGUCUUUGCCGAUUCAAUAUUCCACUUGGUGAGGGAGAAGUACCGGUCGCUGGUGGGCGGCUGCAGUCCUGCGCACGCUCGACACAAAUCCCUGGCAGGCAUCGUAAUGACCCGAGGUCUGGACCUGAGGCACGCCCAGGUGGUGGCGUUAUCCACGGGUACCAAGUGUAUCAACGGGGAGUACCUGAGUGACCAGGGACAAGUGGUCAAUGACUGUCACGCCGAAGUCACGGCCCGCAGAGCGCUUCUACGCUUCCUCUACUCUCAACUUGAACUCUUCUUAAGUAAAAGACCGGAGGACUGGGAGGAGUCGAUAUUUGUGCGGCACAAGGAGUGCGGCUACAGGUUGAGAGACAACGUCCAUUUCCACAUGUAUAUCAGCACCUCGCCGUGUGGGGACGGGAGGCUCAACUCGCCCUAUGAAAUCUCCACUGACUUACACAGCAGCAGACACCUCAUGAGAAAGCACCGCGGCCACCUGCGGACCAAAAUCGAGUCAGGCGAGGGGACGGUGCCGGUGCGAGGUCGGGGGCCCGUCCAGACGUGGGACGGCGUCUUACAAGGCGAGCAGCUCAUCACCAUGUCCUGCACCGACAAGAUCACCAGAUGGAACAUCCUGGGCCUGCAGGGGGCGUUGCUGAGCCACUUUGUGGAGCCGGUGUACCUGCAUAGCGUGACCGUCGGCAGCUUGCGCCACACGGGCUAUCUGGGCAGAGUCCUGAACCAGCGGCAGGAGCGCCUCGGGCCGCUGCCCGCCACGCACAAACGCAACCAGCCCCUGCUCAGCGGGCUGAGCACUGAUCAGCAGCCGGGGAAGGCCUCGUGUGUGAGUGUCAACUGGACGCUGGGUGAUGCACAGUUGGAGGUGGUCAACACAGCAACGGGACGGAGACGGGACUCAGGGACACCCUCUCGUCUCUGCAAACACGCCCUCUUCACCCGCUGGAACAGACUUUACCGCAAGGUGAGGGCAUCCACAGGCAAGUCGGGGAUCCACGUCUUCAGCUCGGCGGACUGCCAGCUCAUGUACUGCGACGCCAAGAUGGCGGCACGUCCUUACCAGACAGUGAAGCAGCAGUGGUUCAGAUCUCUGCAGGAAACGGGCCUCGGGACCUGGGUCAAGAAACCGCCAGAGCAGGAACAGUUCCUGCUGUCGGUCUAAGGAAGAGAGAGAGAGUGUGUGUGUGUGUGUGUGUGUGUGUGUGUGUGUGUGUGUGUGUGUGUUUAACCUUUAUUUUUUAGGGUAAGAUGACUCCAUGCUCUUUACCAACAUCCUGCUUCACACCUUCAUACCUGGAAGUUUACCAGUGUAACCUCUAAAGUCAAGGCACACAUCACCACUGUGUGUGUGUGUGUGUGUGUGUGUGUGUGUGUGUGUGUGUGUGUGUGUGUGUGUGUGUGUGCGCACCCGCGCAUGUGUGCGUCAUCCUGGAUGUGCCGCCCAUCCACCCGACAGAAACACGACAAGAGGAAGGUCAGCAGGACGGGCUGAAAGGAAAACGGACAUAAAAAGAUGGACCCUUUCUUUUUCUUGCCCUUCUUCAAACGCACAAACACACACGUUUAAGCAAACACACACCUAAAUACCCCCUCUUCGGCUGUCAAGGAAGGGUGGGGUAACCUUGAGCAGAAUGAAAGGCAGCCGCUAUCUUGUCAUCAGCUAUUUCCGGGCCCCAAGGCUCCCGCUGAGGAGCCGAGCCAUGGGGGAGAGAGAGACAGAGAAAGGGAAAAAAGCGCGCGCGAGAGAAAGAGGUCCACGUCCAAUUACCGGCCCUGUCAGGGUGACGGGUGAUAGAGGAAGGGAAGAGUGAGAAAAAGAGAGAGACACACCAUUGCAUUCAGCCCGCCUCACCUUCCCUCUCUCAUCUCUAUCUUUGUCCUCCAUCUCUGACUCACCCUUUGACUCCUGACUUCUUCCUCCUUUUGUCUCCAUCUCUCCCUCCUUGCCCCCUUUACAUUUUCUUCAGUCCUCUACCUAUUUCCCCUCACGUCCUCUUUGUCACUCUCUCUUCUUCGCUUGCGUCUCCCCCCACCCCUGCCUUUCAAGCGCGGUGGAGGUUAACACGACACGACUACAGGUUAAUACACCCUCUUUUUUUCCCCCAACCUCAACCCAAUGCGGGGAGAGAAAGAGAAGAACUGAGGUGCAUAAACGCAUAAACCCAUUACUGCUUGCCUAAGUCCAGGUGGAGGUGAUGAUGGAGGAAGGGGAGUAUUUUUCUCUAUUCCCCAACCCUCUCUUUCAUACAAAUUUGAUUUCCUUUCUCUUUCUGUCUUGUGACCUGGCUGACCUCAGGUUUCAGCCCGCUGGAGCCGGUUUCCGUAGAUCUGAAUGGAAGCUUGUUGUCACCAAUCAUAGUGACUUUAAGUCGUGACUCAUUAGCAGGGCCUUGUUGACCUGAUCGACUUGCGCUUUCUCUCUGUGGUUAUGACCGCCCUGAACAAGAUAGUCACGGUGGCGAAAAGUUUUGUAAACCCGCGCCCCCCUGACUGUGAGCGCUGUGGUUGACUUUAUUUUGAAACAGCUGUUUUCCACACACCAGUUGUGUAUGAAUUAAAGAUUAAAAAUCAGCGAGGUAAAUACAGACAUCCCUGAUCUCUACCAUGUACAUUUGUACCUCACACAUUUUUCUGUCUCUACAUAUUUCAUGAUGUAAACAUCAAACUUUUUUUUCUUUAAUGCAGCCAAGUGUUUAUAUUCAUUGUGAUCAUGACUGUGUUUUUCUGUCAUUGCUGUAUUAUCUUUAAUUUUAGAGGAGGGAUCCACACCAGCCGCCAGCUCAGUCAGCAGUAAAGAUCCAAGUAAUGAGAGGGACAUCUAGUGGUGGUUUUCGGUUGUUGUUUCCCUGUCCUGCUCUUACUGAGCCCCCCCCCCCCCCUGUUGUGGCUGCAUCGAGUGCUCCAGUGAGGAUACAGUGCCAAACCAAAUUGUUGACUGCACACAAGAGAGAACUUGAGCCACGUGUGACCUGCGUCUGGCUUCCCAUUCACUAGGCCGAUGUUUCCAUAUGUCGAGGAUGUUGGCCAGUUCUGCAUCAGAGGUGUGUACGUGAUAUUCUUUGUUUUAUGACAGUUUUGAAGCCCUUGGAAUCUUAUUUUUUUGUUAUAUUUCUCUGUAGCUUUACUUAUUUGUGACUUAUUUAUCAAAAGUUAAAGUUCGGAGAAAAAAACCUGUCUUUCUGAUUAUUUAUUGAGUUUAACGGUCUCAAUCUCAGCUAACCUGCUUCAUCACGGCUGUGUGGCUGAUGUGGUUGUGUUGACAAAGACCAAGCAACCCAACUGUGAUCAGAUUCUGAUUCAAAUGUUGCCAAAUAUGACGUGACCUUUUUCUCAAUGAAGCCCCACCCACUUUAAACCAGUGAGAUAAAAUACAGACAUUUCACAAAGAUAGAAAAUUCUCAUGUGAAAUAAACAAAGUAAGGCCUCAUUACUCGUAGUAAGACGCUGAUUGAGAAAACGGGGCCUUUGGAUGUCACGAUGUUAUUGGUUUAAAUGAAUUGAUUCUAGCUUAUGUAGGCACACGCCAUACUUUGUUUCACAGGAUGAAAAGGUUAAUGGGUUUUCAUAUAUCCAUUUUGUUAAAUAGGUGCACAAUUUGACGGGAUGUGAUGUAAAAGGGUUUUAAAAAAAAGGCAUUAUUCAUUUCACCUAAAGGCUUUAGAGGCAUCAUGACGAGGUUAACACUUGCCUGUCUGUGUGUUCGAGGCGUAGCCAGAUGAACCUUUUUCGGGCCCCCUGUUGAUCUCCGCCCCCGAUUUCAGGAACUCAUAUUAUCUGAUACGUUGUUUACACUUUAAGAUCAGAUUUAGUGAAAAUCUUGACUGUGUGUAUCCGAACAGAGAUUUUGUGUGUGUUUUUCACCAACAUGUGUUGCAGAUUUUCAUUGUUUGAGUGGUCAUCGUCAGCCCACACUCCAUAACUUCAGAGUUGACAUGGUUUGUCGACAGAGGUAACAGCAUUCCUCAUUGCUUCACACCACGUUUCAUAAUGGCUGUAUUAGCCCGAAAAAAACCCAUUUAUUUUGAGAGACAAUAAAUAUAAGGCAUGUCUGAAUGGCAAUACUGUAUCUAAUAGUGUACAUAUGUAUAAAAGAUGUUGACAAAGAUGUGAACGAGAUCCUAAAAUGUCUAAUUAUCAUGUAAAUUAAAGUAUAUGAAGAAUUGCUGCUACGGUCUGUAAAUUGCACUUCAGUAACAAAAAGUGAAUGUUUGUACUGUAUAUGUGAAUAAAACCACAAAAUCUUG